GGUAAGCAGCUGCCUGUGCGGCACUUUGUGUGAUUCUUUGUUGUUCAGCAAUGAUGUGAUUCUCAGAAGCAUCAAAGACACGAAGCCGACGGGCGGAUGUCUGGCCUUCAGAAUAAAGCACCUUAACCCCACGAUAACGACAUAGGUAGUAGGUACCGUGCCAUGUCUUAUCAACUAAUGUGGAAAUAGAAAUGAACUCAAAGGCACCGCCCACUUUUCAACAUUUUAUUGUGAUUCUAUCAGCUGAGACUGAACGGUUUUCCAACGUGCGUUUUAUUUUGAAAAACAAUCGAGCGCCUCGGGUUUCCAUCAGGAAAGUCUGUCAAGAGUUCGCACUGUGCGCGACGAAGAAGAGCCAUUCGAUCAACCGGAACCGUCCAGCGAGGACGCACCGACGAGCACAUGAGCAUGGAGGUGGAUCUUGAUGGAUUGUUUCGGCCGAACUACACCUUUGACGACGACGAAGACUAUCAGUACGAAGGGGACCCCGAGCCGGGGGCCGGCGGGGCAGCGCACGCCCCGGUUCUGUACUCCCUGGGGCUGGUCCUCGGGCUUGUCGGGAACGGCCUGCUGCUCGCCCUUCUGGCCAAGAAGAGGCGAUCCUGGAGCACCACGGACACCUUCGUCCUCCACCUGAGCGCGGCGGACGUCCUGCUGCUGGUGACGCUGCCCCUGUGGGCGGCGCAGGCGGCUCAGCGCGGCGGGUGGAGCUUCGGGGAUUUUCUCUGCAAGAUCAGUGGCGCCGCUUUUAACGUGAACUUCUACUUUGGAAUCUUUCUGCUGGCUUGCAUCAGUCUGGAUCUCUACUUCUCCAUCGUCCGGGGGAGCCGGCUUUUCUCCCAGAAGAGGCCCAGGUUGGGUCACAUCACCUGCUGGUCCAUCUGGCUCGCCUGCCUGUUCCUCGCCAGCCCCGACUAUGUCUUCCUGGCGGUGAAGAAGGAUCCGGCCCAGGGCAGAGCCCUCUGCGUUCACAGGUACUCGCGGCCACUGACGGAUUGGCAGCUGGCGUCGCGCGUCCUCCGCCACGCGCUGGGCUUCCUGCUGCCCGCCGCCGCCCUGGCCCUCUGCUGGUCGCGCGUCCUGCCGCGGCCGCAGAGGCGGCGGGCCGUCGCCGUCUUCCUGCCCCUGGUAGCGGCCUUCUGCCUCUGCUGGGUGCCGUACAACGUGGCGCUCAUCGUGGACACCGCCAGGAGCCGCGCGAAGGAGCCCGGCGAGCACGCCGCGUCCCUGGAAACGGCGCUGGGGGUCACCUCGGCUUUGGGCUGCGCGCACGCCUGCCUCAGGCCCCUGCUCUACUUCGGCCUGUGCGGAAACGUCAGGAAGCGGACUGUGGCCAUGUUGAGGUGCGCCGGCGAGGAGUGCGAGGGCUCGCUGUGGGAGCUGGGUGGGGCCGAGGGGGCCGAGGGGGCCCCGCGUGAGGGGAACCCCGGAGGGGAAGCGCUCAAACCGCUGACUAGUAAAGACCAGCAGGUGCAGGUGCAGGUGCAGGUGCAGGCAACUCCGUGCUGAUCCAUGGGCAACGUUUCCCUCCAGUGACUCUGAAACAGGCUCCGCCCCCCCGAGGGGCCGUCAGCGUGGCGCCGUGUCAUGGGCUCAGGGGAUGGAGGACCUCGUGAUGAGAGGUUGGGAAAUAGAUUAUUUUUUUAAGUGACUCUUAGAUGUUGCACUUUAACCCGAGUGUCCAUUACAAGUUGUUGUGACAUACAUUGUUAUUUUUUAUUUUGAAAUCACUGUUUCACAAUUUUAGCUUGUUAACCUUUUUUUUAUUCAAUUUUUAUAUUUGUGUUGUUAUUAUUAUUAUUAUUACUUUUUAUAGACGUUUAAGAAAUGUGUCAAUGACCGUUUUUAAGCUGUAAACCAUAAUGAAGCCUGAAAGAGCCCAGUUGGUUGAUUGGAGUGUUGCAAAGGCUGAUUAUGUGGUGUUUGAUUCGUCCAUGUUGUGCACAAGCUGAAGACAUGUGGCGUGUUGAGAGGUACAUUUGUUGGAUAAUGAAGUCUUGGUUGCAGCAGGUGCAUCAGGCAAUAGAGCAGUUUUUCUACCAAGUGACAGAAUGUGUGUUUUUUGUGUAUUUAGUCAGCGCUUUUGCUGCGUGAAAUAAACACCAAGCGAGAAGAAUUAAAAAAAAUCUCCUGUCAUU